AAGCUCUCAAAGUUGUCUCUAGCUCUCUUUUGUUCUUCUUGCCAUCCUAGCUAGCAUUUUGCCUAGCAUUUGAAGAGUAAGGCUGACUAGCUUACUUGUUUCCGUGAGAAAGUAGCUAGUGCCGCACGGUUCGUUGGUAGAAAACACCAAGCCCGUGACAGUUGGUAUCAGAGCAAGGUUAGACAAUCGUUGAAAUGGCAAAGACAUCAAGAGCAAGUGAGGCUGCUAGAGUUCCGAAGGAGGUAAGGCAACUCCAGAGUGAGGUUGUGAAGGACCAGCCGGAAGCGUCCAAGCCACCAAGGAAGGAGAGAGGAAGGUCGAGGGAUGUUGUGUCUGACAUGGAUGCCAGGCUAGCCAAGGUAGAGCUAACUGUGGCCGAGGGACAAGAUACGUUCUGGGAUUUAGUCCAACGCAUCGGGGAGCUCGAGAAUGGAAGAGAAGAGCUUCAAGAGGGGAUGCAAGCUGCCUUGAACGAAGGGAUGUCCAAGUGUCAAGAACAAGCUAAGACCGUGGAGAAAACUCUCCUUGCCGAGGUUGUGACGUUGAGGGAGAUACUUGAUGGAAUGGUUGUUAGGUUGUUGGCAACCGAGGAAGAGCUUAUCCUCUGCAAGAAGGCAGCUAUCCAGGGAAAUGGAAGCGUGCCUAUGAUAGUUUCUACUCCAUCGAAGUUAGAUGUUCCGAAGCCUAAAGCUUAUAAAGGCUCGAGGAACGCGAAGGAAAUUGAUAACUUCCUAUGGAACUUGGAGCAAUACUUCAAAGCACUUGGCUUAAUAGAAGAAGCCAAGAAGGUUGACGCUGCCGCACUUUUCUUAGAAGACACCGCAAUGCUGUGGUGGAGAAGGAGGAGUGGCGACAUAGAAAAUGGGAUAUGCACCAUCGACUCGUGGGGAGAAUUCAAGAAAGAGUUGAAGAAGCAGAUCUACCCCGAGAAUGCUAUUCGAGAUGCAAGGGCCAAAUUGCGGCGACUCUCACAUACGAGAAGCAUCAAAGAGUAUGUUAAAGAAUUCACUGACACACUCCUUGAGAUUCCCAACUACACCGAUGAAGAAGCCUUGUUUGCGUUCACAGAUGGGUUGCAGAUUUGGGCAAGGUUGGAGUUGGAGAGCCGUGGUGUCCAAGAUCUCAACACCGCCAUUGCCGUGGCCGAAUCCUUGAUAGAGAUCAGGAGGCAAGACAAGCACAAGCCUGACCAAGAAAGGAACGGUAACGGAAAGAAUGGGGGAGAUCGCCACCACAAAAAGGAAGGCUCCUACAGGUUUGACAAGCCCAUAGAGGGAGGCAAUCAUGGCAACAAGGAUGACAAAGGUGGAGAAAAGCCUCGUAUCAAGUGUUUCUUCUAUGAUGGACCACAUAAGGCAAGAGAGUGCCCUACGAAGAACAAGCUCUCUGCGUUGGUCGAAGAAAGGGAAGAACACCAACGAGUGCAAGAGGAGUCCAAGAUGGGCUCACUACAACUUCUCAGCGCCAUCAAAACCAAAUUUGAGAUGCCCAAGUCUGAAAAGAAGGGCCGAUUAUUCGUGGAAGCAAAGGUUGGAAGCCGUACGGUAGAAGCAUUGAUAGAUACCGGGGCUAACAACAACUUACUCGAGGUAAAAGAGGCAGAAAGACUUGGCAUCAAGUAUGCGAAGGAGCAAGGGUGGCUCAAGGCUGUGAACUCGGCACCGAACGCAACAUGUGGGUUUGCGCGAGACGUCAAAGUAAGCCUCGGGAAUACUUGCAUGGUACCGUUGAAACGAGAAGCCAAGGUAAAAGCCAUGAAGAUCUCUGCCAUGCAACUAUCUGAGCGGGUAGAGAAGGCUCAGCCGUCAUUCCUUGCGGUACUAAAGGAAGAAGUGGCAACCUUGCCACAAGAUAAAGUGCCAAAGGAGAUAACAGGGGUUCUAGAUGAGUUCGGGAACGUAAUGCCUGCGGAGUUACCGAAGAAGCUCCCAUCGAAGAGAGAGGUGGAUCAGAAAAUGGAGCUAGUAGAAGGUACGAGGCCGCUUACAGCAGUCCCUCAUAGCAUGGCACCCCUUGAGUUCGAAGAGUUACGGAGGCAACCAAAAGAGUUGUUGGAUGCUAGCCACACUAGGUCAUCCUCCGUGUGAACCACCGGUACUCAAGCAAAAGAAGCCAACUCCGAAGCAAGUAAGAUGGCAAGCAUCCCUUGCGGAGUCCGAUUUUGCGAAGGAGUACAAGCCGGGAAAGGCAAACUUAGUGGCUGAUGCGCUAAGUAGCAAGGCAAAGUUAGCUUCCACCACUAAUGCUAACUUUUCUUCGUUGGACCAAGGCAAGGUGGAACAAACAAGCCCACCGAAUUGUCAAAGCCAUUACCGAAGUACAAGGGAUGGCAUGAGAAAGCCGACAGGGCAUGUGCUCCUCUAACCAAGGUCGCCAAGAGAAUGAAGAAGUGGGCGGAUGGGAAGAAGAGUCACUC